AUGGUAGACAUCGAGAGCGCAGCUUCUAUCGACAAACACAGAUUCCUGACCGAAGCCUUUCCCGAGUUUGCCAUUGCCACCGCAGUGCUCGUCGUACGGAUCUUUGCACGAACCAAAGCCGUGGGGUUUCGAGGAUGGCAGGGAGACGACUAUUUCGCAGUGUUGUGUAUCCUCUUCUGGAUUAUCCAAGUCGUUUUAGUGAAGCAGAUUCUCAAUAAUGGGGUCAAUAUCGGUAUUUCAGACGAGGCGCGAUACGAACUAAGCCUCAUGCCAGAUGAGUAUGCACGAUUCGUUUUGGGCUCGAAGUGCUAUUUGGCGUCGUGGUUUAUUUAUAUAAGCCUGAUUUGGUCUCUCAAGGCCUGUACAUUGUUUCUUUUCAACCGAAUAACGCUCGGAUUAUGGCAACAAAAACUUGUCAAAUACACCGCAGUAUCGGUUGUCCUGAGUUACGUCGCAAUCGUCUUGUCGCUCUGCCUGCAAUGCCGGCCUAUCCAGGGAAACUGGCAGGUGUAUCCAGAUCCCGGCGACCAAUGUACAAAUAAUCCGCUUAAUUACUACCUCAUCGGAUCCACAAAUAUUCUGACCGAUGCCAUCCUCCUUAUUGUUCCAUUUCCCACCGUCAACAGAGCUAACAUUCCAUCAUCCAAAAAAAUUGGGCUAAGCAUAUUGCUAUCAUCUGGAAUAUUCAUCAUCAUCGCUUCUAUUCUACGGUGGGUUAUUUCGGUUCAGCAGAUCGACAACGUCAGCACUGGAGCCGCAUGGGCUAUUCGUGAAGGCUUCAUUGCAACGAUAAUCGUCAACCUCCCAUCCAUCUACCCUCUCUUUACGCGCUUUAGACGCAACAAUGACGAUCCUCUGAUCUUCAGCCCACCCACCAACCUCGGACGCUCAGAGACCACGUGCAUCGGGAUGCAGCGCGUUGAUUCACAGCCUGACAACCAGGAAGAUUUCAAGCACUUCAUCUUCGGCCUAGGCAGGAGAAGGAGUAACAGUAGCAUUAGUCUUGAUGGGAGGAGGGAUAGCGAUGGGAUUAAGAUCACAACUACGUAUGAGGUUGCGUAA